AUGGGUAAGAUUCUACAUCCAAAUGUUGCUUCCAGGCCACCGAAAGAUAGUUGGGAAGAGCAACUCUACCUGUCUGUCGGCAAAGAGUUGUGGGAGAAACUGUCUGACUCCAAUAACAAGUGCAUAUAUCUUUACCAAAACGUUGCCCGAUGGAACGACUCUGCGGGGAGAGAGGCCUUCGACAAUGCGAAAACGCGGUUCUUGGCAAAGAUCAAGGAUGUUCCCCGCAACGUGCCGUCACCGGAUCCUGACGCUUAUAUUGAUGAAAUAGAUUGGAGCGACUCCAGUAACGUGGAAGUGAUAUUGGAAGAGGAAGAAAAUAGCGAAUGGAGAAAUGAAGGGGAUUUUGUUCUUGAGGGUUUUGAGGUUCUUUAUCCUUCGUUUUGCGUAGGAUGGGGACCGGAGAUCUGGUACAAGGCAAAGGAGGAAGAGGUGAAGAAAGAUGCCGGCGAAGAAAAGGCUUGGGAAGCUUACUGGGAGGCAAACCUAGCGGGGGCGGUAGGAGGAGGAGGAGGAGGAGGAGGCAACUGUGGUGGAAAGUAUAACUCAUCAUCACGACGUUGUAUCCCAAAAAUGGCGGUGGCUGUCGACGGGGGAAGAGUAAAAUGUUCAGGGAGAAGAUAA